AUGGUGUUUCAGACGGACUGUUCCGAUGUGGUGAAGAUGGUGUCUAAACCAGAGGAGUGGCCGGCGUUCUCAACACUAUUUGACGAGGUUGACAGAUGUAAGAGGAGAUUCACCUCCUUCAACAUCAUGCAUAUUCCAAGGACGAACAACACGAAGGCCGACAAGUUAGCACGAACUCUGAAUGAGAUAUACGCAGAAGAAGAAGACUAUGAUAGGUUGCGAGAGUCUAUCGACUUGCAUGACAGUUUCGACCAGAUAGGCCUCGCUCAAAAGAUUGAGAAACACUCUGCGUAUAUCUACAAGAAAGCUGGUAGAUGGAAGCAAUCGAUUGCUUUGUCAAAGAAAGACAUGUACAAGGACUGUAUGGAGACUGCUUCACAAUCCGGGGACCAUGACCUUGCAGAACAACUUCUGGUUUACUUCAUUGAACAGUUUAUUCGAGAAUACAGUGGCAAAGUGGAUGAACUAAUCAAGGACAAGCUAGAGGCACGGAAAGAAGUGAAGGCCAAAGAACAGAAAGAGAAGGAUGUCAUGUCCCAACAGGUACUACUGAAUUUACACAGAUCCAUUCAAGUAACCGAAGGAAACUCAUAG